CCAAUUUCUUGUUAUGGUGCGAUCGAGUCUGUAGAUUUUGUAGUUUUUCCUCAACUUUUCCAGCUAGCUGCUGCUGUAAUGGCCUCCAAAGGAGAUGCUCCCGUUGAAAAAAGUGACGAAGAAAAGUUUACAUUUUUCUGGCAGUCUCAGAGUCCUUUCAGCCAAUGGCAUCCGUCCGAGUUUAAAAUUGAUGGCAUCACUUUUUGCUGCUGUGAGCAGUACAUGAUGUAUCAGAAAGCAAUAUUGUUUGGCGAUGAUGAAGCUGCUCAGAAGAUUCUUGAUACGAGUGAACCACGUGAACAGAAAGCUAUCGGACGGACUGUGAGAAAUUUUGACGAUAAAGUCUGGAAGGAGAAUUGCCGCGACAUUGUUAAAAGGGGAAACAAAGCUAAAUUUACUCAGAACGAGGAUUUAAAGGAAAAGCUAAUGUCUACAAUUGGUACAACACUAGUAGAGGCUAGCCCGAGGGACAGGAUAUGGGGCAUUGGUCUAGGAGCUAGUAAUCCUAAAGCACUCAACAGAAAGACGUGGCGUGGCACAAACUGGCUAGGACAAGCAAUUACUGAAGUAAGAGAAGAAAUACUAGCAUCAAGUGACCCACCAUUGGAUGUAUAACGAUUAACAAAAAUUGACUUUUAUGCUCAUUUUUAUGAUUAAAUUUUUAUAAUAAUGUAUUUGUACUUUAUUCAAGCUAAUGAGUUUAAGUUUUUUGGUUUAA